CAAAAAAGGUAGCUGCACAAACUCUGUAAUAUUCUAAUAUCCUCUUUUCAGUCCUACCUUUUCAUGUCUCCCUGAAACCCCACAGCGACAUGGACUCUGGUGGGGAAGAAAGGAGAGAAGACGAAGAAGAAGAAGCAGAACUCUGAGAAAGCAAAAGGAUAAAAAAGGAGAGACACUCCUCCUCUCUCUCCUCCAGCCAUUAGCCCCUUCCCUCCUCCUUCCGUCGGGAAUCACUUUUCUUUGAUUUUCAUUCUUCCUUCACUUUCACUUCACCUCCCGCCAAUCCGCCAUUUCUGCCCACCGUUUCUCCCCCACUUCUCCUUCCCUCUAAUCUCUGUAUAUUCCUUUCUAUGGCGUCUCAACUUGAAUCUACUCUAAAACCCACCUUCAAUUUUCCUUCUUCUAUUCUUCCCUAACCCCCAACUCCCCCCAGUUUCUCCUCUCCGAUUCAGCUUCGCCUUUUUUUUUAUUACAGCUGAAUCCUGGAGACCUCUGCUCCGUCAAUUUCUGUUCUGGGUAUGGAGAAAAAGUCGCCCAGAAGCUUCAUCGACGGUGGAGUCGGGUUGGGAAUUGUGGCGGCGAUGACCGAUUCGAGUGGUCGUCGUUCUCGGGAUUGGACCAAAUUCUCCCACCCGGCUCCGCUGAGAUCCAGUCCCAUCCCAAUUGUGUCUCUGGCGAGGCCGGCGGCGGCCAAUUUCAAUUGGGGUGUUGGGUUGUCGCGGUAUCGGCUUGAAAAGGAGGGCAGCGAUGGCGACGGCCGCUCCUCCGCCCCUGUGGUGGAUGAGAGCGAUGAGGCCUAUACUUGUGUGGUUUCUCAUGUUGGUAAUGAUGUGAUCAAGAAGAUUGUUUACUACGGCGACAAGGUUUCGGGGCUCCGCGACGACGCUGUGACAACAGUCUUCGACGUGAAUCCUGCUAAUGGUGGAAUGUUUUAUGCGUCUUCUUCCCCUCUGAUGAUGACCGCCGGUUUUGGUGGCGCUGAAGGGUGGAGGAACGGCUUCUGCAACCAAGAUUUCUUGGCUUCUUGCAACCUCUGCAAGAAGCUGCUCCAGGGGCUGGACAUUUUCAUGUACAGGGGAGAGAAGGCAUUUUGCAGCCCGGAGUGCCGCGAGAAGCAUAUAAGGAACGAAGAUUAUCGAGAGAAGAGUUACGGUUAUGGCGAGAUCAGAAAACAUCCACAUGAAUGCUCCUUGUCUCCUUGCUCUUCACCUCAGGUCUAUCUUGCUGAGGUUGCUGCAGCAUGAACACCCUUUUCCCCUCUGUAUCUUGGUUCUGCCCAAUACAUACUAAGUAAAUAACAGGAGGAAAGUUAAAAUCUAUCCACGAGCCGGGGUAAAUAACUGUGCCAUGAUACCGAUGUAUGGUAUAGCACUGGGGAUGAAGCUCGAGAGGGUGGAGGCGGUGUUCGUUACGUGGUGAAAUUGGUUUAACUGCAAGGAGAAUUCUUGUUCUGUGAUGGGGAAGUAUCUUUGUUUAGAGAGAAACUGGGAAGGAGGGACUUGGAAGUUUUGUUACUAAUAUGUGCCCAAUGCUACUGUGUGAUAUGAAGUACCAACCAACCACACAAUGGCAUACUGGUAUAGCAAGCAGAAAUUUACAUGUGCAAGGAAAUGAAAAACACUGUUUUAUAUUUC